CAAAGGCCAUAUACGGUAGACUUCUAUGCUAAUAGAGUCCACUUACGGAACUUGGUGUAUAACAGUGACAUUACUUGUUAUAACCAGCUUAGAAUGAAUAGAGCUACAUUCGACAAGUUAUGUCUUAUGCUUGAUGUUAUAGGAGGUUUGAAACCAACCAAAAACAUGCUAGUUGAUGAGCAAGUGGCAAUGUUCUUGCAUAUCCUUGCACAUCAUUUAAAAAAUAGAGUUAUACGAUUUUAUUUUGGGAGGUCUGGUGAAACUAUUAGUAGGUAUUUUAAUUUGGUCUUAACCUCUAUGAUGAAAUUGAAUCGAGAGCUUCUAAAGAAACCUGAGCCAAUUGCUGAGGAUUCAAUGGACGAAAAAUGGAGGUGGUUUAAGCAUUGUUUAGGUGCUCUUGAUGGAACCCAUAUUAAAGUGAAGGUGCCUAUGGCUGACAAAGCGAGAUAUAGAAAUCGAAAGGGGGAAAUAACUACUAAUGUGUUGGGAGUUUGCUCUCCGGAUGGACAAUUCAUAUAUGUCUUAACGGGUUGGGAAGGCUCAGCUGCUGAUGGUAGAGUUUUGCGAGAUGCUAUUAGUCGUAGGAAUGGUUUGAAAGUGCCUCAAGGCCAAUAUUACUUGGUUGAUGCGGGGUAUACAAAUUGUGAAGGAUUUCUUGCCCCAUUUCGAGGUCAGCGAUACCACUUAAGUGAGUGGAGGGAUGGACGGCAACCUUUAACUCCACGUGAAUGCUUCAACAUGAGGCAUUCAUCUGCGCGUAAUGUUAUUGAACGAUGUUUCGGAAUGUUAAAACUACGAUGGGCUAUUCUUAGGAGUCCUUCAUUUUACCCCGCUCAAGUCCAUAAUCGGGUUAUCAUAGCGUGUUGUCUCCUUCAUAAUUUGAUCCGUCGACAAGGAGAUGAUCCACUGGAUAUUGACAUAGAGGCAUUGGAGACAAAUACCAAUGAUAUGGAGAUACCUUACAUUCAAACAAUUGAGACAUCAAAUGCAUGGGCUAACUUUCGUGAUACCUUGGCAAAUGAAAUGUUUGUUGAACUUAUGAGUCAUAGGGGUAGUAUGUGAGCAUUAGAAGAGACACCUAAAUCUAGAUGUGACUUGAAUUCUAGUUGAAAAUUUGUGGAUGUAUGUUUUGUGUAAUGACAACAUUAUGAAUGGUUUUAUUAAGUGAUGUUUGCCUUCUUUGCAAUAUUGUGAUGUAUGAUAUUUUAUCUUCAUAGCAAUUGAUUGUGUUAUGAUAUGUUAAAACUAAUGAUAAUU